AUGCGGAGCAGGGCAGAGGGUGUGGCCGGGGACGCGGCAGCUGCGGUCGCCGAUGGCAGCGGCACGGGAGGAGAAGCAGGGGCGGUCGCGGGCGUCGCUGGGUGUGGCGUGGACGCGUCCGGACAAGGCGCGGGCGAGCACGGCCGUAGCGCGGGGCUGCGGACAUGCGCGGGCGGCGCGUGCAGGGCUCAGCCAGGCACGGCCGGAGCGCAGCAGGGGCGCGGGGGCUGGGCCCCGCCUGUAAGUGGGUCAGGCCACCUCCCUCCUGUGCACGAACGCGCACAGGGGAGGGGCAGGGGCGUGGUGGCCGGACCUGGCCCCGGCAAGGCCAUGGUCGAGGCCGGCAGCGGGGUAUGCGGAGCAGGGCAGAGGGUGUGGCCGGGGACGAGGCAGCUGCGGUCGCCGAUGGCAGCGGCACGGGAGGAGAAGCAGGGUCGGCCGCGGGCGUCGCUGGGUGUGGCGUGGACGCGUCCGGACAAGGCGCGGGCGAGCAUGGCCGUAGCGCAGGGCUGCGGACACGCGCGGGCGGUGCGUGCAGGGCUCAGCCAGGCACGGCCGGAGCGCAGCAGGGGCGCGGUGAGGUCGCGUUGA